UGGGAACUUUUUUUAAUGCAACGAUUAAUUAAUUACAUACUAAAACGAAUUAGUUUAUUGCUGAUGUGACUUUAUAAUGUCGAAUAAUUAUUUUAUUUUAUCUCAUUGAUAAUUAAUAAUUAUAUCAACUUACGACCUUGAAUAGAUGGGGCUCUACGAAAUCAUAUGAAUCAUACGAAUGGAUGGUGAACUUUUCCUCUUGAAAAGUAGAAUUUAUAAAGUUCAUAAUGAUACACUGAUAUUUAUAUCAUGACUGCAUCCACGUGUACAGAUAAAAUUAAAUACAUUUACCAAGUGCCGUUCUUUGAACGAUCGGAACUUUGUAAAAUACUUAAUCAGAAUGACAAGUGGGAAGAACUUGCUGGACUAUGGAUGGAAUAUGAUGUGUUAACAAUACAAAGUUUACGAAAAGAAAAGAAUCCAACAGAUGAAUUAUUAACGUUAUGGGGUCAUCACAAUCAUACUAUAUUGGAGUUAUUCAUCUUGCUAUCCAGAAUGCAGCAUUAUCAGGCUAUGGUGCCGUUGAAACCAUUUGUCGAGGAGAAGUUUCAUAAAUUGCUUUAUAAUGGUGAAGGCAAUCUUCAUAGAAUACUUGGAAAGAAGAUAACUAAAAACACAAAAGAUUUGAAGAUAGGAACCCAGAAUUUUAAUCAAAUUAUUCCACCACAACCAAACGUGCCAAAAAUUAUUGUAGGAGCAAAUAGUAAAGAAGAAUCUCAUAAAAUCUUAAAUCAACCGAUGCAAGCCAUGCACAUUGGAAUUACUCCUAGUAAUUCCAACAACUUGCUUGUUGCAUCUCUGGCAGCAGCCAAUCCUUCACCGUCUUUGCAGCAUGCUCAAACUAAUGAAAAGAAAGAUAAUACUGCAGCAGUUUUUAAAACAGAUGCGACUAUACCGCGCGCUACUUAUGAUGAAUUAACAAUAGCCACCAAUAAUUGGAAUAAGUAUAAUAUAUUGGGGAGAGGUGGCUUUGGAACUGUAUUUAAAGGUACUUGGAAAAAUACAGACGUGGCUAUUAAAAGAAUAGAGAAACGAGGGAUUGAUUCUGACGAGAGUCAUGUCAUUCAACUGCAACAGUCUCUCAGAGAAAUUCAGAUCUUAAAUUCUUGUCGUCACGAAAAUAUUUUACCGCUGUACGCGUAUUGCUUAGACGGGAAAAUACCUUGUCUGGUGUAUCAACUUAUGAAGAAUGGCUCGUUGGAAGACAGAUUAUUGAUGAAACAAAAGACUCAACCGUUGUCUUGGAUUCAACGUCACGAAAUAGCUAAAGGAACUGCGCGUGGUUUACAGUACCUACAUACAAUCGGAGAAAAGCCGCUGAUACACGGUGAUAUAAAGAGUGCUAAUAUUUUACUUGAUAAGAAUUUUGAACCCAGAAUAGGUGAUUUUGGUUUAGCCAGAGAAGGUCCUGAGAGCGAUUCCAUGAAGGUAAGCAAAAUUCAUGGAACCAGGCCAUACCUCCCAGAAGAAUUUUUACAUGGACGGAAAUUAUCCACAAAAGUAGAUACGUAUAGUUAUGGCAUAGUUUUGUUCGAAUUAGCUACAGGUUUACCAGCAUACGACGAGUCCAGAUUAGAAAAUAGGUUCCUGAAGGAUUUCAUUGAUAGCUGGGAGAAUAAAGAUCUCCUCUUGUUAAUAGAUAAAAAAGCAGGUGAGAAAGACAAACAGGUUUAUAAUAAUUUAAUAGUUUUGGGAAAGUGGUGCGCUAAUCGUAUGGUACAGAAUAGGCCAGAAAUGGAUCAUGUUUUUAAGAAAUUGAAUGAUCUUUAAUUUUAUAAGUUUGUUAAACGAGAUUUCAUUUUCUACAUUGCACUAGAGUUCGUACCUUAGGAUGUAAAUAGAGAACAAUUAAAAAAUAUGCUUUUAUGUAAUGUCCUGUUAUACAAUUGUUAUAUAUUUUUUACGACUAUCUUGUUAUAUUAAUAUUUUUAUGCAAUACUGACGAUUCCUAAGGAAUUUUUACAAAUUGAUCUUUAUUGCGUGAAUUGCAAUAUUGAUGGAUAAUUCAUAAUUGUACGCAAUCUUAUACAAUUGUUAAAAAUUAAUAUUUUUAUAUGUAACAAACAUAUUCGAUUACAUAAUAAAAAUAUAAAUAAAAUCACUGAAUAAUUAAGAACUAAAAUAUCCCACCUUGUAGUUGGCUACGUUGUGUAAUAAAUAUUUUAUAAAGGA